CCUGUAUCACGUGUUCAUGCAGCAGCUGGUGAUGCCUAACUGUUUACAAUCGGCAAGAGCAAACAUGGCUCCUGUCAAGAGACCAGAGAGCUUAGCCAGUAUUUAGUCUGCGUCCCGUUGUUUUAUUCUCUUCUCUUAAUUUUACUCUCCGGAAGCGGCUCCAUUAGACAUCGGCAAUACUUUUAGUGAUUUAAUUUUUGUACUAUUUUAAUUGUUUUCCACUUUAAUCUGGAUAAGAAACGGAGCUGUCGUCGUAGACCAGCUAAGUAGCUAACUAGCCAGCUAGCUUGCUCAACGAAGCAUCCAGCUGGCAGGUUAAAAGUUGGCUAGCUUGUGACUCUGAGCAAUAAUGACUGCGAGUACGACUGGAGGCAGCUGUCUUACAGCAAAGGGGUUAGACAUCAGUCUUGCAGCUUUACAAAGACAAGAUCCCUAUAUUAACAACAUAGUGGACGUGGCGAGUCAAGUUGCACUCUAUACCUUUAACAGCAAAACAAAUGAAUGGGAAAAGACCGACGUGGAAGGGACCUUGUUUGUGUACACAAGGUUGGCCUCCCCCAGACACGGAUUCACCAUCAUGAACCGACUCAGCAUGGAGAAUCUCACCGAACCCAUCACCAAGGACCUCGACUUCCAGCUCCAGGACCCCUUCCUGCUCUACAGGAAUGCCCGCCUGUCCAUCCAUGGCAUCUGGUUCUAUGACAAGACUGAUUGCCAGCGCAUUGCAGACCUCAUGAAGAACCUGACACGUCAGGAGCAUCAGCUGCACCAGCAGCAGAAGUGUGGGUGGGUCUCCCCCCGAGCACUGGACACCAGCCAGGCCAGAGGAGUGGACAUCCUGCAGAUGCUCACCAAGGCUCGGAGCGAGUACGACAAGGGCAAGGUGAGCUCGGAGCCCCUGGAGAUUGGGGGCGGAGGGGGCGUGAUCCACGACAACCCGCACCUGGUCAAGCCCAUCCCUCUCAAGCCCAGCGAGCGGCAGAGGAUGCUGCAGCACCAGGAUGGUGACUCUAAGCCCGUCUCUCUGGUGUCUCUGUUUGGAUCCCAGCCGCCCCCCUCCUUCCCUCAGCCUCACCACCAGCAGCCGCCCCACACGGGCCCACCGGUCCAGCAGCCCCACACGGGCCCACCGGUCCAGCAGCCCCACACGGGCCCACCGGUCCAGCAGCAGCAGCCCCACACGGGCCCACCGGUCCAGCAGCCCCACACAGGCCCACCGGCCCAGUCUCACCAGCAGCAGCCCCACACGGGCGGUGGCUCAGGCAGACCCGGGGCCGGAGGUCGUCCGGCGGUGGCGCGCUCCCUGUCCUACGACGACCCCUCCGCCCAGGCGGUGCCAGUGAGCCCUGGCGGAGGUCCUCUGAUGGGCGCGCCCCCCCCCACGCCCCCCCUCGUCCUCCAGCGCUGCGGCAGGGGCGCCCCAGCCCUGCCCUGCCAUCCAGAUGCUGAUGAGCGGCCUGCGGGGGGCGCCAGAGAUGCAGCUGCUCGCUGACUCGCCCGACAAGCGCGUGUGUGAGAAUGGCCUCCAGCGAGGAGGAGGAGACCCGCUCCAGAAACUCUUCCCCAACCCCCUUGCUCUCCAUCCUGCCCCGAUGCCCCCCUCCUCGUCUGUAUCUGCCCCGUGCUACCCCACUGCUCCCCCCCCCACCUUUGUCUCGGGACUUCAGCCGGUACGC